AUGUCUUCCAGGACGAACGUUGUCGGUAUCGAUUUUGGUAACAGCAAGACUGUUAUUGCUGUUGCUCGUAAUCGUGCUAUCGAUGUCAUUGUAAACGAAGUUUCCAAUCGUUCUACUCCUUCUUUGGUCUCUUACGGUGAACGCUGCCGUUUCUUGGGUGAAGGUGCCAAGUCUCAAGAGGCUUCCAACUUUAAGAACACUGUUGGAAGUUUGAAGCGUUUGGCUGGCCGCACCCUCGAUGACCCCGAGAUCCAACAGAUCGAGUCUGCCUUCGUUUCCGCUCCUCUUGCCGAGGUUGAUGGUUUCGUUGGUGCUAAAGUACGUUACCUCAACGAAGAAAAUGCAUUCUCCAACAUUCAACUCAUUGCUGCCUACUUUACCAAGGUUAAGGCUAUUGCUGAAGCUGAGUUGAUUGGCUCCGUUAGCGAUGUCGUUAUUUCUAUCCCUGCUUGGUUCACUGACAUUCAACGUCGUGCCAUCUUGGAAGCCGCCAACCUUGCCGGUCUCAACCCUUUGCGUUUGAUGAAUGACAACGCUGCUGCUGCUUUGACCUAUGGUAUUACCAAGACCGACUUGCCUGAACCUGAAGAUCCUCGUAAGGUUGCCAUUGUUGACCUUGGUCACUCCAACUACUCCGUUUCUAUUAUCGAGUUCAGCCGUGGCCAAUUCCACAUUAAGUCCACCGUUUGUGACCGUAACCUUGGUAGCCGUAACAUGGACAAGGCUCUCAUUGACCACUUUGCUGCUGAAUUCAAACAAAAAUACCAGAUGGAUGUUCUUUCUAACUCUAAGGCCACCUUCCGCUUGGCCGCUGCUGUCGAGCGUCUCAAGAAGGUUCUUUCCGCUAAUGCUUCUGCUCACAUUAACGUCGAAAUGAUCAUGAACGACAUUGAUGCUAGCUCUUUCAUAAAGAGAGACCAAUUUGAAGAACUCAUUCAACCCCUUUUGGAGCGUCUUACUAAGCCCCUUCAAGAAGCCCUCGACCAAGCCGGUAUCAAGAAAGAGGAACUUUACAGCGUUGAAAUGGUCGGUGGCUGCACUCGUGUUCCCAGCGUUAAGGAAACCGUUUCCAACUUCUUUGGUAAGACCCUUUCUUUCACCUUGAACCAAGAUGAAGCCGUUGCCCGUGGUUGUGCUCUCUCUUGUGCUAUUUUGUCUCCUGUUUUCCGUGUUCGUGACUUUAACGUUCAUGAUAUUACCCCAUAUCCCGUCACCUUCAGCUGGGAGCCUAUCCCCGAAAACCCUGAAGAAGACACUAACUUGGAAGUUUUCUCUCGUAACAACCCCAUUCCCUCUACCAAGAUCUUGACCUUCUACCGUAAAGCUCCCUUCACCCUUGAUGCUUUCUAUUCUCACAAGGAGCUUUUGCCUGGUAACAUCCGCCCCAACAUUGCUCGUUAUUUGAUCAAUGAUGUUAAGCCUAACGCUCAAGGUGAUUUGAGCAUUGUCAAGAUCAAGGCUCGUCUUGAUUUACACGGUAUUUUGGUUGUUGAGCAAGCUUACAUUGUCGAAGAGCAAGAAGUUGAAGAGCCUGUCGAGACUCCUCCCAAGGAAGGUGAAGAAGAAAAGGAUGAGCCCGUCAAGAUGCGCAAGGUUAAGAAGUUGGUCAAGACCGCUGAUCUCAGCGUUUCUGUUGAGGAAGAGCGUCUUCCUGAAAAGGUUUUGCAGAAGUACUCUGAAAUGGAGCAUCAAAUGAUUGCCAAUGAUAAACUUGUUUCUGAGACCGUUGAUCGCAAGAACGCCUUAGAAGAAUAUAUCUACGACACUCGUUCGAAGCUUGAUGAGAUUUAUGCUCCCUUUACUAAUGAGGAGGAAAGCUCCAAAUUCAAAGAAUUGCUUGGCGCCUCCGAAGACUGGUUGUACGAAGAAGGUGAAGAUACCACCAAGGCCAUCUAUACCGCUAAGCUUGAGGAUCUCAUGCGUAUUGGAGGUCCUAUCCGUCAGCGUUACUUAGACUCUGAGGAAGAGAAGCGUCAAAAGGUUCAAGCUGAGCGUGAUGCCACUGCCAAAGCCGCUGCUGAAAAGACAAAGAAGCAAGAAGAUGUGCCCUCUGGUAAAUUUGAAGCUGGUACUGGUGGUCGUGCUCCUCCUCCUCCUCCUGCUGAGCCUGUUGCCGAAGGAAACGGUGAGGGAGAAAAUCAGAAUGAACAAAUGGAAAUCGAUGAGCAGAAGCAAUAA